CGGCUGCUGCCGCUGCUGGGGCUGCUGCUCGGCGGCGCCUCCCGGGCUCCCGGCAAGUCGCCGCCGGAGCCCCCCAGCCCGCAGGAGAUCCUGAUCAAGGUGCAGGUGUAUGUGAGCGGGGAGCUGGUGCCCUUGGCCCGGGCCUCAGUGGAUGUGUUUGGGAACCGGAUGCUGCUUGCCGCCGGCACCACGGACUCAGAAGGCGUGGCCAUUCUGCCCCUCAGCUACCGUUUGGGCACCUGGGUGCUGGUCACUGCUGCUCGCCCUGGCUUCCUCACCAACUCUGUGCCCUGGCGUGUUGACAAGUUGCCCUUGUAUGCAUCAGUCAGCCUCUACCUCCUCCCCGAGCGGCCGGCCACCCUCAUCCUCUAUGAGGACCUGGUGCACAUCCUCUUGGGCUCUCCUGGUGCCCGCUCCCAGCCCUGGGUGCAGUUCCAGCGCCGGGCUGCCCGCCUGCCGGUCAGCUCCACCUACAGCCAGCUCUGGGCCUCGCUCACACCCGCCAGCACCCAGCAGGAAAUGCGUGCUUUCCCUGCCUUCCUGGGCACUGAGACCUCCAGCUCAGGCAAUGGCUCCUGGCUAGAGCUGAUGCCCCUGGCUGCUGUGAGCGUGCACCUGCUAACAGGCAAUGGAACUGAAGUGCCACUCUCGGGCCCCAUUCACCUGUCCCUGCCCGUACCCUCAGAGCCUCGUGCCCUUACUGCGGGCACUAGCAUUCCAGCCUGGAGGUUUGACCCCAAGAGUGGGCUGUGGGUACGCAACGGCACUGGUGUGAUCCGGAAGGAAGGCCGGCAGCUCUACUGGACCUUCAUCUCCCCCCAGCUGGGGUACUGGGCAGCUGCCAUGGCUUCCCCCACCACUGGACUGGUCACCAUCACAUCAGGCAUCCAGGACAUUGGCACCUACCACACCAUCUUCCUGCUCACCAUCCUGGCAGCCCUGGCCCUGCUCGUGCUCAUUCUGCUGUGUCUGCUCAUCUACUACUGCCGGAGGCGCUGCCUGAAGCCGAGGCAACAGCACCGCAAGCUGCAGCUGUCGGGGCCCUCUGACGGUAACAAACGAGACCAGGCCACCUCGAUGUCCCAGCUCCACCUCAUUUGUGGGGGACCCUUGGAGCCCGCCCCGUCGGGGGACCCUGAGGCUCCGCCCCCGGGCCCCCUGCACUCAGCCUUCUCCAGCUCUAGGGACUUGGCCGCCUCCCGGGACGACUUCUUCCGCGCCAAGCCGCGCUCUGCCAGCCGCCCGGCCGCCGAGCCCGGAGGCGCCCCGGCCACGGUGCCCCGGGGUCGGGGCCGCAGCCGCGGGGACAGUUCCCGCAGCAGCGCCAGCGAGCUGCGGCGCGACUCGCUCACCAGCCCGGAGGACGAGCUGGGGGCGGAGGUGGGCGACGAGGCGGGCGACAAGAAGAGCCCUUGGCAGCGGCGGGAGGAGCGGCCCCUCAUGGUGUUCAACGUCAAGUAG